UGGAAGCAACAGUAGCUUCUGCUCUUGGGCCUCCUCUGCCAGCUGGACUCUUCAUGGCUUCUCCCAGACUGGAAACCUACUGCUGCCCUAACCGGGAUGCAGCCACACAGCUAGUGAUGACCUUCCAGCCCAAAGUCUUCUGUGGAGUCUGCAUUGGCAGUGCCUCCAUCAGUCUGCUGCUGACCAUUCUGCAGCUCCUGCCGAAAAAGGGACAGAGCCCACGGAAGAUGCCCAAAGCCUCCUCUUCCUCCACUAUCCUUCUCCUUGUCUCUGUUUGUGACAUCCUUGGUGGCUUAGGUAUGAUCUUCAGAUCAAGUGUAUGGUUAGGCUUUCCAGGCUUCAUAGCUAACAUUUCUGUGGUGAAUGGGACUGACAUAUGGCCUGCUGCUUUCUGUGUGGGGAGCGCGAUAUGGAUCCAGCUAUUAUAUAGUGCUGGCUUCUGGUGGUUAUUUUGCUAUGCUGUUGAUUCUUACUUGGUGGUAAGAAGAUCAGCUGGACUGAGUACAAUUGUCCUGUACCACAUGAUGACAUGGGGGCUAGCAGUUUUGCUCUGUGUGGAGGGAGUUGCACUGCUUUACUACCCUUCUCUUUCCAGUUGUGAAAAUGGCCUGGAGCAUGCAAUUCCACAUUACGUCACGACCUAUGCCCCGCUCCUUCUAGUACUGGUGAUCAACCCAAUCCUGUUUAGAAGGACAGUGUCAGCAGUUGCCUCCUUACUGAAAGGAAGACAAGGAAUUUACACAGAGAAUGAAAGACGCCUGGGGACAGAGAUCCAGAUCCGCUUUUUCAAGAUUAUGCUGGUAUUCGUUAUCUGCUGGUCAUCGAAUAUCAUCAACGAGAGCCUUUUAUUCUAUCUUGAAAUGCAACCAGAUAUCAAUGAAAUACCCCUGAAAAACAUUAGAAGUGCUGCACUGAUCACAUGGAUUAUAAUGGGCGUUCUUAAUCCAAUGCAAGGCUUCCUCUUCACAUUAGCUUUCUAUGGCUGGACAGGAUGGAGAGUAGACCUGAAAUGGCGAAAGAGAGAAAUACCCUGGGAAUCAAUGUCCUCAUCAACUGUGGGUGAAAAUGCCUAUCCCUCACCAGUGAACUACCAAAGCAACAUCCAUGAUUCAAAGAAGAUAUCGACAACUGACAGCCAACAGACCGAUGAGGCUAUAAGCAUGUUGUCUGAAGGUUCUGAUGCUAGUACAAUUGAAAUCUACCUCUCAAGUGAGAUAUAUGACUUAAAUGGUAAUGAGGCUGAUGUUGAAUAACUGGAAAGCUGUGAAAGGCAUGAGCGGGAAAGAGUUCAGCUGCCCUCCAGAGGACGAAACAAGAUUUGCCAAAAUAGAGACAUUUCCAUUAUCAGCACAUUCGUGUUAUAAACGGGUCUGUCAGAACUAGCAGUUAAGAAGCAAAGUUGAAUCUCUCUCUGUCAACAAUACAGUGCAAGUUUACCGUUAAAAGGAAAAUAAGAAAUUAUUUAUUCAAAAAUAAGAGAAAUACUUUUGUAGAGAAUACUGCUAGAGAGAAAUACUUUUAUAGUAUAAAGGUGAAAAGAUAUCUAUUCUGCCAAACAUAUUACAUUUAAAUAUGCUUUUUCCUAUUGUAAUUUUCAUGAACCACAAAAUAAGAUAGAACUAGGUUACCUCCUGAAUCACUAGGCUGGCUCUUUAAAAGAGAAGUGAGGGCUGAAGUUGUUUCAGAUACAAUUUUUUUUUAGAAUAUUAACGAAAUAGCUCAAUAAUUCUGUGUGAUUGAUAGGUAAGGAAUUUCUGUGUUGGAGAAAUAUAAGGAAAUAUGUGUGGGUAAGAGAUUACUUCUGAGAUUUCUGAUCAGCAUGAAUGGGGAGCAGGAAACAGUGAAGAGUUUUGUUUCUCUAGCUGCCUAUUUUUCUUUUUAUGCUGCAAAGCUUUGUAUUACUGUUUCGGGGCAAACAGAAGAUCUAUCUUCAUUAAUAGCAAUAUGCCUUCAGGGCUAAUAUCCAGUAUGAUAUAUAUGAGUCCAAAAGUAGUUUUCUGAGAUUGGCACCUAAAGCGAUGGAUUUGUAUUACAACAUAAUUUGAAUCACAGUGUGUUGAUAAUUGAUGCCGAUUUAUUUACUGGUGUAUUUAAUCAUAUGUUUUGGAAAAAUAAAUAAUAACAUAAAAUGGCCUGGAAAAAACUACCAAACAUGGUUCUUGAUGAAAGUAAUCCAACUGCCAAAGAGGCGUCUCCAAACACACAGGUUACUAGCCGAUUGCUUUAAAACAAUUAGAAUGCCGUCUAAUAAAAGCAGCAACAAACUUGAAGAAAUGCAGCUAAA